AUGUCCGAAAAUAAGCGACCGCGCCUCGAUUACCCUGCCCUCGCUCCCAGCAUCAACGACCAACCUGUGACCGACCCGUCUGCUUCAUCUGAUCAUAGACGCCGCUCGAGCUCGGGAAAGACAGAGGGGAAACGCCGUUUCGAGUGCACAUACGCUGGGUGUGGUCGAGAUUAUUCACGGGCAGAGCACCUCUAUCGCCAUCAACUCAACCAUAACCCCAAAGAGAUCUAUAAAUGUGACUAUCCGGGCUGUCUACGCACAUUUGUGCGCCAGGAUCUCUGCCUCCGCCACCGCGAGAGGCACGAGGUGAGGGGGCCGAUGCCUAAAGCUCAUGACCCUCACCGAGAGCCUCUGUCUCCGCGCUCAUCGUUCAGCGAAGAGCCUGUGAUGAGCCCGACUUCCCCUCCCUUGAAUAUCUUUGCGACACCGAAGCCAACCUCAGAUACUCUCCCGUCACCCCUGCUGAAGCGAUCGUCCUUCUCCGGCGAGCCAGCACUGAAGCCGACGGAUCUACAAGCUAUCAUUCAACAGAAUGUUCCCGAAACGAACGGGACGAGCGACCAGGCGACAUCCCAAGCUUUCCAUUCGACGGCGCCGCUACGACAUGGUCUCCACGCUAUUCUUCAUCAUCCUGUACCGACCGCUAACUUUGCCCCAACGGAUCUGUCCUCAGAUUCGUCCUUGACCGCCCGCGGACCGCAGAGUAUACCAGACAACGUCUUCGAUAAUCUUGAUCCCUCGAUCUUAAGCAAAACACGGACGCAAUCAAGCGGCUCCAGGAUUCCCACCGCGGCUGAUCCACAAAUGUCGGAUCGGUCGUCGGUCACAUACAACAUGCCUAGCUUGGGAGACCAGACGUUUAACGAUUCACCCGUCUCGGUGCGAGAUGAAUUUGCCACCUGGCUCUUUGAUGACGCCGGCGGCUUCCACGGUGCUCCGUUCUCUAUGGGUGCGCAAGGGGGCAUUGGCUUCGCUCACGGGGCCGAGAUAUUUGGUAGUGCCAUGUAUUCCAACUACUUUGCUGACCCUGCCCUGGACAACUCUUAUCCCGGUCUCAGUCAGCAGCGGCCAGAUGAAGCAGCGAGCAAGGUGCCUGAGCCCUCCGUUGAUAGCACCAUUCUGUCCCACGCCAAGCGCGCGUCGUUGAUCAGCUUGAUAGAGCGCUUCCGCGAAAUCGACAAUCCAUUGGUCCGACAGCUCAGAGAAGAGAUCUUCCAGGGCAACCCCGACGCGGAGGAGCAUGUUCUCAGCAUUCGUUCCAUGCAGCAUUAUAUUGGCUCUUACUGGUAUCACUUCCACGGUCAGAUGCCCAUCCUACAUCAACCCACUUUUUCCGCCGACGACACCCACGACUACCUCCUCCUCGCGGUCAUGGCCAUCGGUGCCGCGUUUCUCAACAAGGCUCAUGGACGAGCGGUGACCGACGCGGCUGCUCGAUUCGCCACCUUCAUCGCCUGGCAUUUGCGUUUUCAAGUUUUCAUGCACGGUGACUUCCAUCCUCCGGCAAAGUUGUGGAUCUUUCAAACGCUCUUGUUGCUCGAGGUCUACGAGAAGAUGAAUGCGACGAGAAUGCUGCAUGAGCGCUCCCACAUUCAUUAUGCCACCACCAUAACCCUCAUGCGGCGAGGAACAGCUCUGAUCGAGACGCCGAACCAGGAUUCCUCUCGGGCGCCUUGUUCUCCCGAAGAAUGGUGGGGUCGCUGGGUCACCGCCGAAGCCACUCGUCGUGCCGCCUAUGCGGCCUUCUAUCUGGACGCACUUCACGCGGCCAUGUUCGGCCACGCCGCGAUGAUGGUGGCUCAUGAAAUCCGACUCCCUCUCCCCUGCGACGACGCCCUGUGGUCCGCCACUUCCGCCGCUGAAGUUGGACGCGUUGAGGCUAGUUUGCACGCCAACGGGAUCAAGCCAACCACGUUUUUGGACGGGCUGAGAAAGACUCUGACCGGCCGGAAAGUCCGGACGAACAACUUUGGCAGAAUGAUUCUCAUGGCUGGUCUCCUGUCUGUCUCGUGGCACAUGAAUCAACGUGACCUCCAGGUGUCCAGCCUCGGGGUGUCUCAGACAAUGGGCAUCCCAGAUGGAUGGAGGACACCGGUGACGAAAGCGUUUGACUUCUGGAAGAAGGACUUUGAUGAGAGCCUCGAACACAUGCGGAAGGCGACACUCCCCUGGCAGAAGAACGACAGUGUAUCCGGCCAAGAGGACAUGGCGCAGACGGCCGAAAUACUUCACCACCUGAGCCAUAUGGCCAUGCACGCCGACGUCAUGGACUGCCAGGUGUUUGCAGGCAUCAAGCGACUCUUCGGCAGGGUUGUGACCAAUGCCGAUUACGAGAGAGUCAAAUGCAAGCUCUUCGACUGGGCAAAGGGCCCGAGUGCACGGGUUGCCGUCUACCAUGCUCUGCAGUUGCUCAGAUCCGUGAUUCUACCGGGGAAAGGCAGUUCGAGAAAGUUGUACAACGCCCGCGACGACUAUCUCAUGAUGCGACCGUGGAUCCUGUACUUUGCCGCGCUGGUGGUCUGGUCGUAUGGGUUUGCGCUCGAUGGGGUGCUCCGACCGUUUCCAAGUCUUUUGCAACCUGAUUCCUCACCGGGCGCAGCUUCGGCUCGGUCCCACGGCUCCAACCAGUCGAUGCUGAAUAUGGCCCACGAUGGCGCCGAGUUCCAGGUGGAAGCGGUGGUGAAGGACGCUCACACUUUCCUGCAGACGGUAGGAGCGGUGAAAUCACCACAGCAGCUCGAGUCGAUCAAGGAUGGUCGCAAUAAUGUCGUGGGUGUUUUGGCGAUCCUGGAGACAGCCUUUCGCGAUUCGAGGUGGGAAUUGUUGCACGAGGCGGCUGAUCUUCUUCGCAACGCUAUUGUCUUGCUUCGCGGUGCGAGCCGUCCGUGA